AAAAAGUUAAAAACGCCUCAAAAACAUCUUAUCUUACAUUUCAGGAAUCAAUAGAAUUUAAAUGAAACCACAAAUAGAGUCUAUAUAGAAUAGAAUUCUAUUUUAGAUUAGAUGUACUCAUGGUCUAGAUCUAGCUUUUUAAAUAAUAUGUCAAUUAGAAAUCUAGAUUAGAUAAUCGAUCUAGAUUCUAGAUCUUUAAGCAACAAAAAAAUUAACCAACAUCCAACAUUCAAAUUAAAUCAAAUUCAACAAUCGGCACAAUGCCAACAUCAACAUGAAACAUGUGAACAUGAUAUUAAAUCAUAUUAAUGAUAAUGCACGACUAAAAGUAGAUCUAAACGGAUCUUACAACAUAUACACUUUAGACCCAGGAUUUCUCGUACCUCAACAAUAUGUUGCUCAAUGAUGCCAAUUUUUUAAAUCCUUGAAAUCACUACACUGUUGUGAGGACUGCACUAGAAUGGAGGACUUCGAGCUAGGAGAUAAAUACGAACAAGAUGACAGCUCUUAUGCAUCUCAUAACAUACAGAAAGCUACUGGAAAAAAUGAAACAGAUGGUGAGAUGCACUUGGACUUGCACAGCACAGCGAGUUCUAUCAGUGAUGUUCCUCGUCAUGUGAUGGUUAACUCAGAUAGCAUAUCUGGUAGUACAAACACUAAACACAUGUUUGAUUCAGAGAGAUCCAAUGAAGAUGGUGACACCACUAUUUCCCUAACAUUUAAUGAAGAAGAACUUGAUACUUAUGUUACCACUGCUGUGAAUGAAAGAUCUGAACUUAAGAAGCCAACAGACAAAUUUCCCCUUAAGAAUAACAUUUUAACUGGAGAAACAUCACUGACUUCUUACAGGCUACCUGCUGAACCUUUAAUACAAACCAAAAUAUAUCAACAAAGCUCUGAAAAGAACCUUUUAAAAGGGGUUAAACAAUGUAAUCAUGACUCUGUCAAGGAAAUUGAAAGUCAUAUAAAUGAUGAUAAUUCAAUGUUAAAAAUUAUAGAUGAGACAGAAGAAAAAUUCAUUGUGCACUUAGCACUAGAGAAAGAAUCUGAAGUCGCCUUACAUCAAGUUGAAAAAGCCAAUUUACCUUUAAUAGUAGAUAAAUUGUCUCAAUUUCCCUUAACUCCAGAAGAAAACCCCCAAAUACUCAUUACUACACAAGAAAAAUCCAAAGUACUCUUAACUGCUGAGGAAAAAAUCAAGGUCUCUUUGGCUUCUGAAUAUGACAAACAAAACAUUAUAAAUGAUGAAGACUUUAUUAACAGUCUUUCUAGCAAUGUCACUUUCAGUCUAAAAGAGAGUCAGAGUGUGGUACCAGGAGUUGAUGAAAAGAAUACAAUUGAAAGCAAAACUGUGAUCAAUUCUGAGGCUGGUGAAUCAAAUCGAAUUACCAAAGAGUUCACUGUAGUUCCUGUGCCAGAGACUGAGCUGGCAACAGACAAAAAGGCUACACCAUUUUCAACUGUGGCUGACAAACUGAUUGAUUUGGCAAAUGCUACAUUGCUUGUUGAAAGUGGUCUUAGUACACUCUCUGAAGGUGAAAUAAACAAUCAAGACACCAUUGGACCCUUAGAGAAUCCAGCAUUUCUACGCACUCUUCACUACACAGAAAGUCAGAAUAUCAAUAACUUUCUAAAUCUUGAGCAAGAAUCAAAUCUCCUGUCAAAAUCUAAUGAAGAGGAUGGUACUGGAACCAGCUCAGAAGAAAACCCAGACCUGGAUAGAGGAUGGGCAUGGGUUAUCUUGGCAUCUUCAUUUUUUUCUUUCACACUUUUGGGAGCAACAGCAUAUGCAGCAGGUGUCUUUAUGAGUGCUAUCAUCCAAGAAGUAGAGCCUGACUUAACCAAAGUGUCCUGGGUUGGAUCUGUGAAUGUAUGUUUUACUUACCUUACAGGUCCUUUUGUUGGAGUGGUUCUUGAUAAACUUGGAGCCAGGCUGACCGUAUCUUUAGCUGGAGUUAUUGUAAGCUUAGGAUUUGUGGGUGCUGCGCUGUCAACUACUGUUGGUCAUUUAAUAUUAACUCAUGGAGUUUUAGCAGGAAUAGGUGCUGGAUACACAGUGAACCCAAUGUUUGUCACCAUUGGUCAGUACUUUGACAAGUACCGAGGUAUCGCUUGUGGUCUUUUAGCCUGCGGCACUGGCAUUGGCAUACUGACAGGUGGAUCACUUGUUUCUUUGCUACUGAAUGCCUAUGGUCUCAAGGGCACUUAUCUGAUUUGGGCAGGACUGAUGCUGCACAUUGUGCCUGCUGGCAUGCUCCUCCGUCCUUCUCAGUGGGAAAAGUUGAAAAAAAAUUACACCAACCAUUUCUCUAAGGACAUCAGUGAACCCCUCAUACAGAGUUGUGGCAACAGUGAGAUGAGCUUUUUAACUAGUUGCGAGGGAAGUAAAAAUCAGAGCAUAAUGAGUGGCCUUGAUAAAGGCAGUUUUGCCAGAAAGGAUAUGCCGAAAUCUCAUGGUGUUGAAACAUCCCUUCUAAAAGCUGUGCUGAUUAAACGAGCACUAAGCUCCAGUAUUUUACUUGGAAAUCAGAUUCAGGUAAUGCCUGUCACGGAGAAAUCUUCAAAAUUGACCCACAAUCGAUACAUUAGCCAUCAGCAAUCAUCUGCUAGUUCUACAAACCCAUCAGCUUGCCAGAGUCCUUCGAUUGGCAUGUCAUAUCAUGCACCAUCUAAUCUGUCUAACCACUCUCCUCACAGCUACAGACAUCAAUCAGACAUGAUACUGCCGGCUUCAUCUAGGACUCCUCAUAUGGCACAUUUCUCUCCUAUAAGCUUAAGGGGUCAACGAAUGUUCCAUCAUUCCUCACAGUAUCAUCAAAGUGGACGGUCACACUGCAGUUCCUUGAUCCAGAUCAAUAAGCUAAAAGCUGCCCAAAUGAGCAGCAUUGGAGAUCAUGAUAACCUCUCCUAUACAACCAUCGGCUCAAAAAUUCAGAAAAGAGAGUUGAUAUCUAGAUAUGCGUUGAGGUCUGGCAGUGCCACUACUUUCAUGGGUAGUAUCAUGAGUGUGCCUGCAGCACUAGCCAUGGUCAAUGAUGACAUUUCAAAAUAUGAGUCCAAAAGUAUCAUUGAUUCAUCCAAGAGUCUGAAAGAACACACACUUGGAUUUUACAACUCACUGCAGCUUUUUCGAAACAAUAUGUUUUUGAUCUUUAUCACUGUCUGCUUCUUCUGGGCCAUUGGAGAAUCUCCUGUCAUCAUGUACCUGCCUUCUUUUGCCACAGAUAGUGGUACCAGUACCAUCCAGGCUUCAUCUCUUUACACAGCCAUGGGCUUAGGUUCCAUCCUAGGAAGGUUCCUAGCAAGUUUGGCAUCUGUGGAUAGUGACAUUGGAAGUACACUUCUUUUUACAGUCAGUCUUUUCUUAGCUGGAGCUUCGACUGUGUUUGGGUCUUUAGUGGCUUCCACCUUCAUCUAUCAAGUUGUUUUCUCUGGACUGUUGGGUCUGUACACUGGGGCACUUGUACCACUCUCCUCAUUAAUAAUACUUGACAUGCUGGAUGCCAGUGACCUUGGUGCUGGAGUUGGUUUCUUGAGUCUAUUUCAGGGCAUUGGAUACUUGAUAGGACCUCCUUUGGCAAGUUUUGUUAUCAAUGCUAUAGGUUACAAAAAUUGCUUCUUUGCCUUAGGAUGUGUUUUAUUAUUUAGUAGUGUUGGGUCAGUGCCAUUAGCUAUUAAUGACUCUGAGUUGGAAACAGAUGACCAACUUUCUUCACCUGAUGCCUUGCACGAAUUCCUUGAAGGUGAUUACAUGGCGGAAAUUAAUGGAAUACCAGAGUCCAAACUGCCCUCCUACUUGUCUGCCAAAGAUAGCAAUGUGAUUCAUGUUAUUGACAAUAGGGACAUGAGUAGUAAGCUACUUGACAUUGCUGAGGCUCCACAACGCAAAGAUGCUGAUGAUAAACUUUGUACCAUACAAGAAAUUUUGGGUAAAUGACAUGGUCAAAAAAAAAAAUUAGAUGGUAGAACAAAGUCAUUGCCAGGUUUUUAUUUUUCCUGGUGUAUUGAAAUUUCAUUCUCAUUAAAUGUUUUUUUUUCCAAA